GAGGAAUUGAAGCAAAGGUAUUAUUGAGGGUCCCGAAAAGCUCUCGUAUCGGUUAUCGGUUAACGGUUAUCGGUCAGUUUGUCCUCCUCGUGCACUUUGUUCUCGAUUCUUUGUUCCCUAUUCCCUAUUUAUUCUCCCACGACAGCCGGAAAAAGUGCUUCGAUGUCGAAUCUUUUUUCUAAAGUUAUUCGAGUGUGCAAUGUUUAGGUGUUGAUUUACGCCAGUUUGUGCCUUAUGCAUUGGAUUAUUUUGGAGCCUCUGGAGCAGCAUGUGGGUGAAGCCAGAAGAAGUUUUGCUGGCAAAUGCUUUAUGGAUAACGGAACAAGAAAGUAUAUAUUUCGUUUUGCAACGACGUAAGGGUCAUGGAAAAACGAAAGGACUCACCUCUAUUUUGGUGGGAACUUUGGAUAGUGUUUUUGACACAAAACCACCACCAUUCAGAAUUUUGCACCAAACCCCAACCUCUGAAGUAUAUUGGGUAGUGGCAUGUUCUUUAACACAUGAGGAGAUUUUAAAAGACUGGAAAUGGCUCAACGAGAAUUUAUUGGAUACUUUGAAAUCUUUUGAAAAUGAGGAAGAUGUAACAAACUUUGUAUGUACAAAAAUUCAAUCGGUUAUAGCAAACAACGUGCCGGAUAAUCAAUUUGCGGAUGAAGAAGAUCCGCAAGCUUUUAAAACUGUGUCUUUUAAAUUUCGCCAACUCUUUAAUCUUCCUGUAGAUGACAAACUUGUUAAUUAUUAUUCAUGCAGUUACUGGAAAUCGCGUUUACCCAGACAAGGAUGGCUCUAUUUGUCUGUAAAUCACAUGUGUUUCUACGCAUACAUUUUGUCGAAGGAAACGAAAUUAAUUGUAAGAUGGGCCGACAUUAUGGAGCUGGACAAGACUAAUUCUCUCUUGUUUCCAGACAGUAUUCGCGUAGCAACCCGAGACUCCAAAGAGCACUACUUUUCCAUGUUUUUACACAAGUCCGAGACGUAUUCUUUAAUGGAGCAACUGACAAAUAUCGCUAUGAAGCGGCUCAUUGAUGAAAAGAGUGGCUUCAAUCAAGAUAGAGAUCUUUUGAAUAAGUUGAGCAAAAAUGUGCCAAAAAAACCAUCAUUUCUGAAGCGCGACCUCGACGCAAGAGCACAUUCUGAAGCUUACAGAUUACAAUUCAGGUUACCCGGCAAUGAAAAAUUGGACGGUUGUGUCGACGCCACUUUAUGGACACCAUACAACAAGAAACACAUUUGGGGAAAAAUUUUCUUGUCCCAAAACUAUCUUUGUUUUGAAAGUCGAGUAAAGCAAGAAGUAAGUGUGGUUGUUCCACUGCGAGAUGUGAAACGAGCGGAACCGGCUGAUAAUCAGUCAUCGAAUACGUCUGUUGUCAAGUCGAUAUUAGUCACGACAGGCAACACCUCGUUUCUCUUUUCUCAAAUUCACGACCGAGACUUUGUGAUGACGAAAAUCAAGGAAUUGUUGGCAAAGCAAAGUCUGCCAACAAUACCGUGUCCGCCGAGUGGAUCAACAACGAGUGUCACUCAGGCCACGACUGAAGAAAAGCUUAUUCCAACCUGGACUUGUCAGCCCCCCCUAAUGACACUUUUCAAAGCACCGCUGAGCGCAGAUGCUACGAUAAAACAAGAGGCCAAGGAAAAACAGUGGGAGCUGCAUUUUGUAGAAUACGGAAGGGGAGUCAGUAUCUACAAAACUGUCGAGACUGCUAAACUUGUUAUUCAAGGUGUCCCUCAGGCUCUUCGGGGAGAAGUCUGGCUCACCUUUUCUGGCGCUAUAAAUGAGAUGGCGAUAAAUCCAGGACUCUACAAGUCUCUGGUGGACCAGGCCUUGGGCAAAUCUUGCCAAGCAAAUGAAGAGAUUGAGAGGGAUUUGCACAGAUCGUUACCAGAACAUCCGGCCUUUCAGUCGGACACCGGAAUUAGUGCUCUACGUCGAGUUUUGUCUGCGUAUGCUCUGAGAAACCCCCAAAUAGGAUACUGCCAGGCAAUGAACAUAGUGGCCUCGGUUCUGUUGAUUUACUGCUCGGAAGAGGCCGCUUUCUGGCAGUUGUGCAAUGUUUGCGAGUCCCUGCUGCCGGAUUAUUACGACCGGCGAGUGGUCGGUGCCCUGGUGGACCAGGGUCUCCUCGAGGAGCUGGCGGCCGAACAUCUGCCAACUUUGCACGCUCGACUCCAGGAACUGGGUCUGAUUCGAGUCAUCUCGCUCUCCUGGUUCCUCACCAUUUUCUUGAGCGUCAUGCCAACGAGCAGCGCUGUCAACAUCAUGGACUGCUUCUUCUACGAUGGCGCCAAAGUCAUAUUUCAGAUAGCACUGAUGGUUCUGGAAUGGAAUCAGGAGAAACUGCUCCACUGUCGAGACGACGGAGAAGCUAUGCAGCUUCUGACGGAUUAUCUUGGGGGUGUUUUUAAUGAUGAAGGGCCAGUUUUGCCCCGACCUGUCGACAGUGCGACGCCAAACAGGAGCAUCUCUGUUCAGACAUUAAUUUACGAAGCUUACUCGCGUUACGGAUCGCUGACGAUUGGCGGGAUCGAAAGACUCAGAUUGAAGCACAGACUGAGGGUCGUUCAAGGCUUGGAAGAAGGGAUUGAAAAGAACGUCAUCAGAAGUGUCAUCAAUGACAAGUACAUGACGUCAGAAGAGUUGCAGGAACUGUUGUCCCUGGUUCGCGAGGAGCUGAUGAGCCAACGCAGAACAGAACCCGAUCGUUACGAUCCGACCCAGCCGCCUUACGAAGCUUACCGGGUGGAUUACGAACUCUUCAGGAUUUUAUUUGGUGGCCUAUCGCCCUGGGGAAAAUGUGUACAGGCGGAAUCCCUUUCCGCAAGAUUAUUCCGCCUCAUGGAUCGAAAUCGUGAUGGCCAGUUGAACUUUCGAGAAGUAGUGCAAGCGAUAGGAUUGACAGGAACGGCCGAUCAGACGCAGAGACUGAAGCUUCUCUAUACUCUGCAUUUGCCACCUUUACUGCUAGCAUAUGACUUUGAUCCGCCAUCUCCAACAGAUGGCCCGGAAGUGGCUGCAGAGGCAACCGAUUUUUUCGACAGUAUGGAAAAAAGUGUAGCCUCGUUCGAAAUGCCAGUUUAUUCGGAAAAGGAAGCGCCAGUUGUCGCAGGAAGUUUUUCUCGGUCGACGAGCUGCCACAGCCAACCGGGCGACGAGUCCUGGGAAAAUCAGAGUAUGGACAGUUUUCGAUCAAUGAUCGCCUCCAAAGACAGUCCUUUGGAUCUCAAGGUUGUCCCCAAAAUGUCCCAACGAAACUUCAUAGCUCUGUGGAAAACCUUGUACGACAUGUUUCCGGUCCAACCUGAGGAAGCGGACUCGCAAUGUCUCGCCAAAAUUGGUACCUUGCUACUGCAACUGGGAGACGUUGGGAAAAAAUUUCAGUUGGAUCGAGAAGAGUCUGAAGAUAGUUUACUCGUAGCAGCUUCAGCAGCUCAACAAGCGAUACCGCCAAUUUCGAGGUCCCCAGAUAGCAACGGAAAUCCGUCCAGUAUUCCAUCGUCUGUCGAUCCUGAUUGGUACAUCACAGUGGAACAAUUUUUGGCAUCCGCAUUGACCGGUCAACCGAUUGUCGAUUUUUUCAGCAAGCGUGUCAAUCUCCUCGACGCAAUACAACUUUUAAGAAAUCGCAGAUUUAACAGUGUUCACUCGCUUUCCGACACGUUCAACGUGUGACCAAAAAUAUUUUAAUAAAUAAACCUACGAAUCUAUUAUAGCACGUGCCACUGAAAAUUUUUCCAAUUUCAAAUAAUAUCAGGGGAGAAAUUUUAGACUCACUCGGGCAAAAGUGCAAAAUGGGCCCUCUUGAGGUGGUUCAAAAAAA